UCCGGAGGCCAUCGUGACCCGCGACCCCAAGCUCUCUGCCGCUGGAUCCGGCCGCCCCUGUCCUCUCUAUUUCCCUUAUCCCCUCUCUUUCUCUCCCAUCAAUUUCUAUAUCCCAAUCUCUCUUUCUGUAGGCAGCCCAAGACUUGAUCGAUGGCCAUUCACGGUGGAAGCUCGACUUGCAGAUCAUCAGCCUACAGCCUGUUCACCCACCGUCCCUGGAGUACAUCAAGAACUGGACACCGAGCUUGUAAUGGCGAAUGGGCUACCUACCCUCUUCGGCCACAUCCGCCUGCUCGAGAUCCGCGGCCCAAGCGGCUCCACUGUCGAAGACGACUUCUCCGCUGCCGAGCAAUCUAUUUUCUAUGGUGGUGUCGAGAUUCAUGAUAGACACAGGGAUAUGCGUCUCGACAUAGAAAACAAGUCUUAUGAGCUGAGGCAAUGUCACCAGAUUCCCAGUGUUCAGCGCACCGUGCUGCAACCGAAGCAACGCUAUUUCUCCGGAUUAGAUAAGUCCUCUAUUCUAUCCCAUUCUCUUUUGUUGCUCGGUCGAUGGGUCAUGAUGCCAUGCAUUAUUUUGAGUCAAGUCCCUAUGUGCGCUAUGAAAGCUAUGGUGUAUCUGGUCGAGUCUGCAUGAUUUUAGUUUAUGGUUACUGCUCUAUGUGUUGUGCUCUACCUAUUGCUUUAUUUUCGAGUUUGUGAUGUAAGUGAUAAGUCAUAAUGAUCUUUGUAAAUGAAAAUUUUUGUACUUCAGUUCUCUUUUUUCGAAUUUAAUUGUUGCCUGAUGUUAUCUGGCUAUACUAUCUACAUGGGUGCCACUCUUUUAUUGCACUUGCGGUCAUAUUCUCAUUUCACUUGCAGUAGAUAGAGGCAGACAUGUACUGCCAUCAUCAUGCAUUUUUUUUGUUUGGAAGCAUUAAUGUUGUGAACUGUGAAACUGUUAUUGCGGCCAGUUUUUUUCCUGAAUGGUUUUGAUUGUUGGUAUCACCUUUGGUUGGUCGUUGUCUUGCAGGAUGAAUGUAAUAGCCUAUGGUGGAGGCUUUCUUGGACCGGUGUUGGUAGGUAGCCACCUGUUGCGAUGUGAUGCCGGACGGAACGGUGCACAUGGGGAGAAGUCUGGCAUGUUGCCAUGGCGCUGGUGGACGGAAGAGGUCCUGAUGAUGUAGCAGCAUAAAGGGACCUGGAGGUUUGGAGCUGAGUCUAACCGGCCGGAAGGACAUCCUUUGUCUUCUGCCGAUGAUGGAUGUUGCCUGCUGUAGGAUUGUGGUCAUGCGGUGGGUUUACAUUUUGUUGUACAUUUGGCUUGUACAUGUGAUUUAAACCGUGUGUUAAUUAUGUCUCUUUUCAAAACAAUUUUGUGUAUUUUUCA